AUGGCGGCGGAGUGGAGCGGAGUCCUCCUCACCUGCCAGCGCGGCGGCUGUGUCGCCGCCUUCCAGCGAGAGCUGGAGGUUCGCCGGCUGAGGGGCGGCUUGGGCCCGCGGCCCCCCCCGCUCCUCCUGGCCGUGGAGGAUCCCUGGGACCGCCUGGGCAGCGGCGGGGCCACCCUCAACGCCUUGCUGGUGGCGGCCGAGCACCUCAGCGCCAGGGCGGGCUGCACGGUGGUGAGUUCAGAUGUCCUGAGGGAAGCUCACAUCCUCAUCCUGCACAUGGGCCGAGACUUCUCCUUUGAUGACUGUGGCAGGGCCUUCACCUGCCUGCCUGUGGAGGAGCCCAAUGCCCAGGCUGAAGCUCUGGUCUGCAACCUGGACAGCUUGCUGAAGACCAUGACACACCAGCUCUGUGUGGGCUCCCCACCCGGCGUGUGGGUCUGCAGCACCGACAUGCUCCUCACUGUGCCCUCAGCACCAGGGAUCAACUGGGAUGGCUUCCAGGGAGUCAGAGUGAUUGCAGUGCCCGGGAGCCAGGCAUAUGCCAGGAACCAUGGAGUCUACCUCACUGAUGAGCAGGGGCUGGUCCAGGACAUCAUCUACAAAGGCACAGAAGCCCAGAUCCAGCAGUGUGCGGGGCCCGAUGGCACUGUCCCACUGGUCUCUGGGGUGGUUUUCUUCUCCUCGGAUGCUGCCGAGCAGCUCCUGGCCACUCAUGUCAUCCCUCCUCUGGAUGCCUGCACCUACAUGGGGCUGGACUCGGGGGCACCACCCAUCCAGCUCUCCCUCUUCUUCGACAUGGUGCUGUGCAUGGCAGCAGGAGUGGCAGAGGAGGACUUUGUGAAGGGUGGUGGUGAUGCCAGCGUGAGGAGUGCCCGUUCUGUGCUGUGGGCAGCUCUCCGUGCCUUCCCUCUCAGCAUGGCCUGCAUCCCCAACGCGUCCUACGACUACCUGAGCACCUCUGCCAGCGACCACCUCCGCAGCCUGACGCUCCUGCCCGGCCCUGCCAGCUGCCUCCCCUUCUGCCCAACAGCCCACUCCCAUGUGGAUCAACUCUGUCUCCUGGAGGAAGGCUCUUCAGUCACCAACUGCUUGCUGGAAGGAGCUGUUCGGCUAGCAGCUGGCAGUGUCAUCCAGCACUGUCACCUCCAGGGUCCCCUGGAGAUCGGUCCUGGCUGCCUCAUCUCAGGCCUGCCCUCAGGCUCCUCCCCAGCCCUGCAAGGCUGUCCCCUGCAGGAUGUUGUCCUUCAGGGCCACCACGUCCGGUUGCACGACCUGCCCUGCCGCGUCUUCACCCUCACCGGCCGCCUGGACGACUGGCAGAGCCCUGCUGAAGAUGCCACCUACCUGAACGUGCCCUGGGCCGAGUUCUUCCAUCGGACAGGCAUACGGGCAGGGGACCUGUGGGACACGGAGCUGGCGGGGAGCAGCCGCUGCCUGCUGAGUGCCAGGCUGUUCCCGGUGCUGCACGCCCGCCAGGUGCUGGGGCUGGAGGAUGUGCUGUGGCUGCUGGCCCCGGCGGCGCCCAGCGAGCGGCUGGCACGCUGGAGGGCAGCCUGGCGCAUGUCCUGGCAAGAGCUGCUGCCCUGCCUGGACAAGGCGGCCGAGCUGGGUGCCCGCCGGGCACUCUUCUUCCUGCAGGGGCAGCGCAAGGUGCGGAGGGUGCUGCUGGGGCGGCAGGACAGCAGCCUCCUGCCCCUGGCCUGCAGUGCUGUCCAGGAGGGCUACCACCAGGCCGUGCUGGACACGCUGGAUGAGGUGGCCUCCACGAGUGGUGAUGCUGGCAUCGCGGCGCGGGCGCUUGCCUGUGUGGCAGAGGUGCUGGGCUGCAUGGCACGAGGGGAAGGCGGCUUGAGGAGCGGCCCUGCUGCCAACAGGGAGUGGGCAGCGGCUUUCAGGCGCCUGGAGAGCGGGGACAUUGCUGGUGGGGUCCAGGAGCUGGCUGCUGAGAGGCAGAAGUGGAUGAGCAGCCCAGCCUUGCUGGUGAGAGCAGCUCGGCAUUACGAGGGGGCAGAGCAGAUCCUGGUCCGGCAGGCAGUGAUGUCCUCGUGCCAGUUUGUCACCGUGGGGCACACAGAGCUGCCCCCCAUAGGACACUGGGUGCAGGUGGCUUGUCCGGCCCGCUUGGACCUCUCUGGUGGCUGGAGUGACACCCCCCCCAUCACCUACGAGCACGGCGGGGCCGUGGUGGACCUGGCGGUGCUGGUGGACGGCUGCAGGCCCAUCGGGGCCCGGGUGCGGCGCAUCAGCCAGCCCCAGCUGCGCCUCCUCAGCCUGGGGGCCACGGCCACCCAGCUGCUGUGCCAGGAGCUAGAGCACCUGGGGGAUUACUGCCAGCCCCAUGCACCAGGAGCCCUGCUGAAAGCUGCCUUCAUCUGCACCCAGGUGGUGCAGUUCCCCUCUGAGAAACCCCUGAGGGCCCAGCUUAUGGAGAACUUCGGGGGUGGCUUUGAAGUGCACACUUGGUCCAAGCUGCCCCACGGCUCUGGCCUUGGCACCAGCAGCAUCCUGGCAGGAGCGGUGAUGGCCUCUCUGUACCGAGCAGCUGGGAAGGCUGCCAGCACCGAGUCCCUCAUCCACGCCGUGCUGCACCUGGAGCAGAGGCUCACCACAGGUGGUGGUUGGCAGGACCAAGUGGGUGGGCUUGUGCCUGGCAUCAAAAUCGGGCGGUCAAGGGCCCAGCUGCCGCUCAGGGUGGAGGUGGAGAAGAUCUCAGUGCCCCAGGGUUUUACCCAGACCCUCAAUGACCACCUGCUGCUGGUCUACACGGGCAAGACUCGCCUGGCACGCAACCUGCUGCAGGACGUGGUGAGGAACUGGUAUGCCAGGCUGCCCUCCAUCGUGCAGAACGUUGACAUGCUAGUGAGCAACGCUGAGGAGUGUGCCCAGGCCUUGAGGCAAGGGGACCUGCCCCUCCUUGGCAAGUGCCUGGAGCGCUACUGGCAGCAGAAGAAGUGCCUGGCGCCCGGCUGCGAGCCGCUGGCCGUGGGGCGCAUGAUGGCUGCCCUGCAGCCCCACGUCCACGGGCAGUGCCUGGCUGGGGCUGGGGGUGGGGGCUUCCUCUACGUCUUAACCAAAGCCCCCAGGCAGAAGGAGGCUUUGCACCACGUCCUAGCACAAACCCAGGGGCUGGGCAACUUCAGCAUCCACAGCAUCGAAGUGGACACGGGUGGGUUUUCAGUGGAGAUUGUGGGAUGUGAUCCAGAGGAUUCUGCUCACCUAGGGGAGGACUGGGAUGUGUGA